AAUUGAGAAAUUACAUGGAGGAGAAAAAAUUAAGAAAGGAAGUCUAUACUAAUGAAUUUUCUGGAUUUGAUGAGUUUGAUUAUCAAGACGAUGUCGGUGGAGAAGAUGAAGUCCAAGAGAUCAUUCAUAAGAAAAGAGGUGGAGGAAGCUUUCCUAGUAGCACUAGUAAGAAAUUGGCCAAAGGAAAGGGACCCAUGGAUGUGUUUCUACAAAGGCAAGGAACACUUAGGCAAGCAAAUAUCAAAGAUUCAUGUGAUAAAGAAGCAAGAGCAAUGACAAUUCAAAAAGUUGCUCGCUUCUUUUACGAUAAUGGGAUCCCAUUCAAUGUUGCUCGCUCAAAAAGUUUUAAGGAAGCAAUUGAGGCUGUAGGAAGGUAUGGUCCAAACUUGAAGCCUCCAAGUUACCACGAAUUAAGGGUUCUGUUACUUAGGAAGGAGGUUGAGUUGACCAAUGAGAUUAUAAACAAACAUAGACAAGAAUGGCUGAAGUAUGGAUGUUCCAUUAUGGCGGAUGGAUGGUCAGAUAGAAAACAAAGAACUUUGAUAAACUUUUUGGUGAAUUCUCCGUAUGGAACAGUGUUCAUGGAGUCGAUAGAUGCUUCCUCAUUUGUUAAGACUGGAGAGAAGUUAUGUGAAUUGCUUGAUAGAUACGUGGAGCGCGUUGGAGAGCAGAAUGUGGUUCAGGUUAUAAGUGAUAAUGGCAGCAACUUUGUGUUGGCUGGUCAGCUCUUACAGAGAAAAAGAAGACACAUAUAUUGGACUCCGUGUGCAGCCCAUUGUAUAGAUCUUAUGUUAGAAGACAUCGGGAAGAUUCCAAACAUUAAGAAGACCCUUCAAAGAGCAAUCGCCCUUGUCGGUUUCAUUUAUGGGCACUUAGGAGUCUUAAAUAUGAUGAGAGAUUUCACAAAAAAUAAAGAGUUGGUGAAAUGUGGGAUUACUCGAUUUGCAACAAGUUUUCUGACUUUGCAACGGUUGCAUUGUCAAAAAACUAAUUUGCGAGCAAUGUUUACAUCUGACAAAUGGAUGAUUGGUAGAUGGUCUAAGUUACAAAAGGGAAAAUCUGUAGCUCAUACCGUCUUGAUGACAACAUUCUGGAACCAGGUUGUGUAUAUUUUGAAAAUCAUGGGGCCUCUUGUUAAACUGUUGCGAUUAGCUGAUAAUGAGAAAAAACCCGCAAUGGGGUACAUUUAUGAAGCCAUGGAUAGAGCUAAGGAGGCUAUUGCAAAGGCAUUUGAAGGGAAUAUUGCAAAGUACAAAGAUAUCUUUAAGAUUAUUGAUGAAAGAUGGCAAUGCCAAUUGCAUCAUCCAUUACAUGCAGCUGGACAUUAUCUAAAUCCAGCUAUUGAAAAUUGA